AGGUUGCGAUAUCAAACUAUAGAUAAUCUCGAUUUUGGCACUUGUUGAGGCAAUGGGAAUGAGCUUUGAAAUCCCUCCUAUCAGCGUCAGGUACUCGUCUCCCCAAGGAGGCCAACUUCUGCGACCGAGUUGUGAGCUCUUCCUCUUCAGCGCACAGGCUGCCGUCUCGGUGCAUUCAGUCUCCGCCAUCGCCGCCGGCAGUCGGGGAGGAGAUCGAUCCAAGAUACGGCGUCGAGAAGUGGCUUGUGCCGGCGGGGCCGAAUCCUCUUCACCACUGAGCUCUUGCCUCGGCUGCGGUAUACCGAGUGUGAGGAGUUCUUCAUGCGUCCUCUCUGGUCCCUUCUUUCCAUCGUGUUUCCUGGAGUAUGUGCUGUGUAAGAAGAGACUGAGUGCUGUUCUUGGUUUUGCGGAGUGGAAAGGAAUCACAACGGAGGAUGUCCUCUACUUUUAAUUUCUAUGUUCGAUCUUUCAGUCAUUACUAGUUGUUGUUGCUUUGGGUAUGGCGUUCCUACUUGAGGUUUGCUUUUCUUUAUAUAUAUAUAUAGAGAGAGAGAGAGACUUGAAUAAAGAGAAGGUUGAUUUG